ACAUCAGUUCGUACUAUAACCGCGCGUAAAAUAUACUUCGUUUGAGCUUGUCAACAAGAUGUCGUUGUUUUCUACUCCUGCUUUAAACAACUAUGUAUCUAGCGCUACAACCUUUAUUAAGAAAUCUAUAGAGACGAAAGUGUUCGAUGAUGGUGGGUCAAAGGGUGCCUUUAUCGGUAUGAAUGCACCAUUGAUUGGACGUUAUGGCAUAACGAUCAGUUCAGGUGGUACAAUCAAUCUUGGCCGUUUCAAAGAUCCACGUGCAACACUUCGUGAUGCACGUGAUAACAAAGUGGUUGUACCACCGGAUUAUGGUAAUACGGCAAACAAGCCUAUACCAGCCACAAGAGGUGGUGAUGUAUCCUCCGCAUCAUUAUCGUAUGACCAAUUAAAAAAACAACUGCUUCAAAGUGGUAAAUUAUUCGAAGAUCCGGAGUUCCCACCUAAUGAUAAAAGUUUAUACUUCAGUCAAAGUCCGCCAAAACAAAUUGAAUGGUUACGUCCGCAUGAAAUAUGUCCAAAUCCUGAAUUUAUUACUGGCGGUGCAUCACGAUUUGAUGUACGUCAAGGUGAAUUAGGUGAUUGUUGGCUAUUAGCUGCUAUUGCUUGUUUAUCAAUGAAUCAAAAAUUAUUUGAACAAGUUGUAGCAAUUGAUCAAAGUUUUACUAAAGAAUAUUGUGGUUUAUUUCGUUUUCAUUUUUGGAAUUAUGGUGAAUGGAAAGAAGUUGUUGUAGAUGAUCGUUUACCAACUUAUCAUAAAUCAUUAGUUUAUAUACAUUCAACUGAUACAAAUGAAUUUUGGUCUGCAUUAUUAGAAAAAGCUUAUGCAAAAUUAUGCGGUUCAUAUGAAGCACUUAAAGGUGGUACAACUAGUGAAGCAUUAGAAGAUUUUACUGGUGGAAUUGCUGAAAUGUUUGAUUUGAAAAAAGAUACACCACCAAAUUUAUUACAAGUUAUGCUAAAAAGUCAAGAGUUAGGUUCAUUAAUGGCAUGUUCCAUUCAAGCUGAUCCAAAUAAAUAUGAAGCUCGAUUACCAAAUGGAUUGAUUAUGGGACAUGCUUAUUCAAUUACAUCUGUUAAAAUGUUAGAUAUAUCGAUUCCAAACAAAACUGGUAAGAUACCACUAGUUCGUGUACGUAAUCCAUGGGGUGAUGAAUCUGAAUGGAAAGGUGCAUGGAGUGAUAAAUCAAAAGAAUGGUCACUUAUCUCACCAGAACAACGACAACAACUUGGUUUAACAUUCGAUGAUGAUGGUGAAUUUUGGAUGUCUUAUCAAGAUUUUGUAUCGAAUUUUGAAAAACUUGAGAUCUGUCAUCUUGGACCACAAUCUAUGGGAGAAAUGGAAGGAAAUCGUGUUUGGGAAAUGUGUAUUGAAGAAGGUUGUUGGCAGCGACGUGUAUCUGCCGGUGGAUGUCGUAAUUUUCUUGAAACAUUUUGGAUCAAUCCACAAUAUGUAGUAACUGUUGAAGAUCCAGAUGAUGAUGAUGAUGAAAAUAAAGGUACAUUAAUUGUUGGUUUAAUGCAAAAGAAUAGACGAAAAAUGAGACGUGAAGGUGCUGAUCUAUUAACGAUUGGUUAUUCUGUUUACAAAUUACCUGAACAGCAUCAAGGUACAUUGGAUAUGAAAUUUUUCAAAUUCAAUGCAUCAGUUGCACGUUCACCAGCGUUUAUUAAUCUACGUGAAGUUUGUGGAAGACAUAGAUUAGAUACAGGACGAUAUGCAAUUAUUCCGUCAACAUUUCAACCAAAUGAAGAGGCUGAUUUUAUGCUGCGUAUAUUCUCAGAAAAACCACGUACAACUCAUGAACUAGAUGAAAAGAUUGGUGAAACUGAACCGACAGUUCGAAAAGAUAACAACAUUCUUAAAACGACGCUCAAUUUGGAUGAUAAUACCGUUGUAAAACCAUUAACGGAUAUACAAGUGGAAGCAUUACACAAAGCAUUUAAUAAAGUUGCUGGAGAUGAUGGUGAAAUUGAUGCAGAUGAAUUACGUGAUAUAUUGAAUUGUGCAUUUACUCGAGAUUUCGCUUUUGAUGGAUUCAGUUUGGAGUCGUGUAGAAGUAUGAUUGCUAUGAUGGAUGUCGAUCGUUCUGGUAUGUUAAGUUUUACGGAAUUUCGGAAAUUAUGGGAUCUGUUACGUGUUUGGAAGUCUGCAUUUAAACAAUUCGAUACAGAUAAAAGUGGUUCGAUGAAUUCAAUUGAAUUAAGAAAUGCAUUGAAACAUGUUGGUUUUUCAAUUAAUAAUGCAACAUUUUCUACAUUGGUUUUACGUUUUUCACGUCGUGAUGGUAGUGUACCAUUUGAUAGUUAUGUUAUUUGUUGUGCACGUUUACAUACAUUAUUUGAAGUAUUUAAAGUGACACCGAAAAAUGAUAAAUCACAAGCUUUAUUCACUGAAACUGAUUUUGUGAAUUGUGCACUUUAUAUGUAAACGAUCAAUAAAGAUAGAUUCAAUAAUAUCUUGGAAGUUCAUAUAUUAUCCUUCUUAUUAUUAUUAUUCCUUCAUAUCACUUUGUUUGUUUAUUCAAUUUCCCACCUUGAAUAUUAAUUAAACAAAGAUUAUUUCAUUGAAAAUCUUUGAAGUAAACUGAUCAUUUAUAUCGUUACAAUCCAUCUAUCCAUCUAUAUAUACAGAUAAUAUGUCUAGUUGAUAUUUAUGCUUUGAAUUUGCAUUAUUGUCUUUCUUCUUAUAUAACUAUUUAGCUUUAUCUUGACAAUUGAAUAUUCAAUUUGUUGUACUGUCUUUCUCUAUAUUAUUAUUACUAUUAUCAUUAUUGUGAUGAUGAUGAUGAUGCAUGGACACUACGAAACUAUAUUCUAUUCUAAAUUGUGAUUUCGUAUUAAGAUUGUAACUUUGAAUGUCAAUCAUUGAGAAACUUAAUAAGAAUAAUCAUAAAGUAUCC